UAAAGAAUAUUUUUUAGUUAAAAAAAACUUAAAUAAUGGCAACGGUAAAGUAUCAACAAACCAAAAUGACAUGUAAUACGGUUUGCGUAGUAAAUAAAAUGUUAACUAGGUUAUAGAAAAAUAAAACUAUUCGACAGUUUAAUAUAGAUUCACAUUGUGAUUCAGAAAUGACAUAGCCUUAUAUCUAUCUAAAUUUAUUCUUGAGAUUCACGAUGAGAGGCCAUUUUCGUUAUUCUGUAUGGGAUCCUCUCCUAAUUCUUUGCCAAAUUGUGACUAUUCAAGCUUUAUUUUACGUAUCGUUAGGUGUUUGGAUUUUCUUAAUGGAUGUUAUUUCAGGACACAGCCAAUCUCUGGAACAAAUUUUUCUUUACAAAGCAAUUUCUGUGAAAGACUUACAUGGACGAUGCCUCGUUGGAUCAUUUCUCUUAAAUUCAUUAUCUUGUUCAUUAGCCUUGUGGCAUUUUGUGCAAAGGACCAAACUAUGCUUGGAUUUUACUGUGACUACUCAUUUGAUCCACCUUCUCUUCUGUUGGUGUUAUAGUUCUACAUUUCCAUCUACAUUCUCUUGGUGGCUACUUAAUAUCAUAUGCGUGACUGUGAUGUGUGUUUGUGGUGAGUUUUUAUGCAUGCGGACAGAGAUGAAAGCCAUUCCACUUAGUAUGGGAGCAAAAGCAGACUUAUAAGGAUCAUGUGAUGCUUGCUUGACUGAACUCUAUUAAAUUCUGCUAGUCUUAUUUUAUAAAUAAAGAAUUGAAUGGACUAUUUUCUUAGAAAAAAAUUGUCAUUUUAGCUAAUGUAAUAUUUUAUAUGUGUUGAAAGUGAAAUAUUUGUAUAAAAUUUGCUUUAAUAAAGAUCU